AUGAGGCCGCACGAGUUCGUGGCGCGGCCAUGGUCUAAGGUUGCGGCUGACCUGUGUAGUUUGGACGGACGAGUGCUGUUAGUGGUCAGUGACUACUACAGCAAUUACAUCGAGGUGGCUCGCAUUAGCGCAGUAACUUCAAGGGCAGUAAUCAAAGAGUUGAAAGCUAUCUUCGCACGAUUUGGAAUUCCCGAAUGUCUGGUCACAGAUAAUGGACCUCAGUUCAGUGCAGCUGAGUUUGCGGAAUUCGCGAAGACAUGGACAUUUGAGCAUAAGACCUCAUCCCCGACAUAUGCUCAAUCCAAUGAUAAGGCGGAGAAUGCCGUAUAG